UAUAAUCAAGGACGUUACGUGAAGAACAUGUUACCUAUUUAAUAUUAUCUUUAUUAAAAAUUGAAUGACUGUUCAAAUUUAAAUAUAUUAUUUAAAAUCGAGAAAAAUUAUUGACUAAUUAGAAAGAAAUACUAAAUAACUUGCAAUUAUUUAAGAAUUGGAAUAAAAAAUCAGAAGUUUUUACUCCAGAAGAAAAGUUUCUGAUUCUUUCUUGUAAGGGUGAGCCUGUUUUUUAUAUGGUAACCGAAAUAAGGAAAAAAGGUGCACAUUUCUCUUUGAAAAUGACUUUAAGUCCAAAUAUUGAAGUGAUUUCAACUAAAGAUCCAAAAGAUGUAAAAUACGAUAAAAGCCUUUUAAACCAAGUUUUAAAUUUAAUUUUGAUGAUGAUUGGCUGUAUACUCUUAAAAAUCGACUACAAACCUCGAGUGAAAAAGAGAUUUAAGGAUAUUUUCAGUGACAGGAGUUUAGAAAUGUUGCGAAGCGACCUGGAAAAUUUGUUAUGUUUCGAAAGCAAAUCUUCCGUGACUUGGAUGCUUAUGGAUUUGAUGAAUAGUCAAGCCGCUAGCGAGUUAAAUUGGUCAGAGGAUUUAAAAAACUGCACUGAUACCAAAAAAUUUAUGCUCAAAAGGACUUUAAUCAGUGUCGUGAAUUUCAUGAUUUUUCGAAGAUCGAAGCAGAAAAUUACUGCCAAAAAUAAAACUCGUCGUUCUGUCUCAACUUUGGAGUCUGGAAAUAAUUUAGAAAAUGGUGAAAGUAUUAUUUCUCUAAAUGGAUCCAAGUCAAAAGCAAAAAUUACUUUUCUUUGUGCUUGGUUGCGAAACUUUCAUAACGUUAAAAGAUUUAUUGGAAUCUGUAGGCAUCUUUUUUCUGCAAUUGAUUUCAUGCGCAACGAUAAAGAUUUUAAUUUUGAUAUGGAUUUGUCUCAAGGUCAACUAAACCUUUAUGGAGAUGAUUUUUACGAUUGUACCUCGAACAGUGGCAUUCAUUCUUGUAAAAAGAUUUACUGUCCCAUCUGUUUCGGGUGGCUUUGGAUUCCAUUUUAUUAUCUUAUUUCUAUUUUUAUCUUUCCUCUUGUAAAAAUUCUCGUAAUCAAAUUCACGAAUGGAAUUCGGUUUCUGCCCUGAUUAAAAAAAAAAUGACUUUAAUUUGUGACUUGGAGUCUAAGGUCAAAUGAGAAUUCUAUAGAUUCUAAAAAGCUAAUUUUUCCAAAGAAGGUCUUUAUGUAUCACUUUUUUUUUGGUAGAAGAAAGUGAAAAAAGAAAGAAAGAGUACGUUUUUUCAAAAUAAAAAAAUGGUAAUUUGAUAUCUAAUAGAUGAAGCAAGGAUAAAUGUAGAAUUUUGUUAUCUACAAGCUUUCCAAUUUAAAAAGACAGCUGUACAAACUUGUAAAAUUUGAACAUUUAUUUUGAUGUAAUUUUUACUAAAGAAUCUUAUUUAUAUAGAUACAAUGAAUCAAAGAUAUGUUUGUGUUAAUUUGUUAAAUUAUUAAAUUUGAAAAUAAAAGCUUUUAUUUAUUGAAA